AUGACCAUCUCAAGCAACCUCGUCAACCGCACCUCCUUCUCCGCGGCCGACAUCGUCAAGGAUAUCUGGACCAGCCUCCAUCUCCCUCCCCACGCCCUCUCAUCCCUCAGUCUCCCCGGCCAUCAAACCGCACCAGCUACGCCCUCAUCUUUCAAGAUUGGGCAUCUCGCGCAGAGUUCCAUUGCGCUAUCCGCUCUCACAGCCUCUCUCGUCCACAGCGGACGGUCCUCCUCCUCUCCAACAUCAACAUCUCCAGUCUCCCCCAUUCCCCGCGUCAGCGUCCCCCUCGACCACGCCCUGAUAGAAUUCAAAUCAGAGCACCUCUACAACAUCGACAACCAGCCCCUGGAAUCCGUCUGGGGCACAAUCGGCGGCCUUCACAAGACAGCAGACGGCUACGUCCGCAUCCACGACAACUUCCCCAACCACGCACUAGGAACUCUCCAGCUCCUCGGCCUGCCGCCAACCGCCAACCGCCAAGAUGUCGCCGCCAAGGUAGCCCAGUGGAAGAGCAUCGACCUCGAAACAGAGGGUACUGAGAAAGGAAAGCUCGCCAUCUACGCUCUGCGCUCAUAUGCCGAAUGGGACGCCCACCCCCAAGCAUCAGCAAUCGACGACAACCCCAUUCUCAUCAAACAGCUCGCCCCUGGACCGCCAAAGACGCUGCCCGAGACCAGCUCCAGCCGCUGUCUGCAGGGCAUCCGUGUCCUCGAAAUGAGCCGUGUCAUCGCCGCCCCCGUAGCAGGCAAAACUCUCGCUGCCCAUGGAGCCGACGUCUUAUGGGUGACGAGCCCCAACCUGCCGAACCAGCCCGUGCUGGACAGAGACCUGGGCCGCGGCAAACGCACCAUCCGGCUGGAUAUCCACAACCCGGACGACAAGCAGCGUCUGCUCGAGCUGUUGCGUUCAUGCGACGUCUUCAUCCAGGGAUACCGCCCGGGCAGCCUCGCCGCAUACGGCCUCUCGCAGGAGGAGCUGCAAAAGGCAAACCCGGACAUCAUCUGCGCCAAUCUCUCCGCGUUUGGUCCGACCGGCCCGUGGUCUCAGCGCCGGGGCUUCGACUCCCUCGUGCAGACAUGCUCCGGCAUGAACGACUCGGAAGCGGCACAUUUCGGGGCCGGCGAGCCCGCGCGCGCCAUGCCCUGCCAGGCACUCGACCACGCCGCGGGCUACCUGCUCGCCACGGGAAUCACCGCCGCGCUGCACCGACGGGCUCAGAUUGGAGGGUCGUGGGUCGUAGAUGUUUCGCUGGCGGGGGUGAUGAAGUAUCUGCGUAGCUUGGGACAGUAUCCCGGGAAGACGGGGUUCGAGGGCCGAGAUGUUGAGGCGCAGGCGGAUGUGCCGGCGGACUAUCUCGAGACGAGGGAGACGGUGUUUGGGAGCAUGAGGGCGGUUAAGCAUAGUGCGAGUGUUGAAGGGUGUGAGGUUGGCUGGGAGGAAAUGCCGAAGCCACUGGGGUCUGACGAGGCGAGAUGGUUGUAG